AGUAAUGAUGCCGACCCCAAAUAUCUCCGCAGCAGCAGGGAGAAGCUUCAGAAGGGCAGUGUCUGAGCUGGACCCCAAGCAAGCAGAAGCCAUUCUGUCUCCGCGUUUUCUGGGAAGAAGGCAGAGUUUAAUAGAAGAUGCUCGCAAGGAGAGAGAAGCUGCGGCAGCGGCGGCUGAGGCUGCGGAGUGUACAGACUCCCUGGUGUUUGAAGAGAAAGAUGGAAAAGCCAUAGUGAACCUGCUCUUCUCCCUAAAGGGCAACAAACCCUCCACCUUAUCCCGUACACUUAAAGUGUUUGAGACAUUUGAGGCCAAAAUCCGGCACCUGGAGACCCGUCAUGGGAGUAAGUCGUCAGUUACCAGCCAGGACUUAGAAUACUUUGUGCGCUGUGAGGUGCACCGCUCGGAUCUCAGCACACUAGUGAGCUCUCUCCGGAGGGUGUCUGAGGAUGUACGCAGCACUCGUGAGGACAAAGUUCACUGGUUUCCUACUAAGAUUUCUGACCUGGAUAAAUGCCACCAUCUAGUUACCAAAUUUGAUCCAGACUUGGAUUUAGAUCACCCGGGUUUUUCGGACCAGGAAUACCGCAAGAGGAGGAAAAUGAUAGCCGAUAUCGCCUUCAGCUACAAACAAGGUGAGCCCAUACCCUGUGUAGAAUACCUACCGGAGGAGAUUGAAACAUGGAGGGAGGUUUACUCUACCUUAAAGAGCCUCUACCCCACACAUGCCUGUAAGGAGCACCUGGAAGCGUUCCACUUGCUGGAGACUCACUGUGGGUACAAUGAGAACAACAUACCUCAGCUUCAGGACGUUUCCACCUUCUUGAAAGAAAAAACUGGGUUCACGUUACGCCCUGUGGCUGGACUCCUAUCUGCUCGUGACUUUCUUUCCAGUUUGGCAUUUCGUGUUUUCCAGUGUACACAGUACAUCAGGCACGCAUCCUCACCCAUGCACUCCCCAGAGCCGGAUUGCUGUCACGAGCUGCUAGGACAUGUUCCGAUAUUGGCUGAUAGAACCUUUGCCCAGUUCUCUCAGGACAUUGGAUUGGCAUCUCUGGGAGCAACAGAUGAAGAAAUAGAGAAACUUGCAACGCUGUACUGGUUUACUGUAGAGUUUGGACUCUGCAAGCAGGAUGGGGAGGUGAAAGCCUAUGGGGCUGGUCUGUUGUCAUCUUACGGAGAAUUGCUGCAUUCUUUAUCCGAUGAUCCGGAGAUCCGACCAUUUGACCCAGAUGAUGCAGCAAUACAGCCGUACCAGGACCAGAACUAUCAGUCAGUGUAUUUUGUGUCUGAAAGUUUCAGCGACGCCAGAGAGAAGCUGAGGAAUUAUGCUUCCCGCAUAAAGCGCCCAUUUGCUGUGCGCUACGACCCCUACACUGACAGCAUUGACGUUCUGGAUUCUCCUGGGCGCAUUCGCAGUUCUCUUGAGGGGCUCAGAGAUGAACUUCAGACUCUCACCAAUGCACUUAGAAUUGUUUCCUAAUAUUAAUAUCACAUUCAGUCACUACAAAAAAAAAAACAACUCAAUGCACAGGACAAAAUCCAAUUCCAGCUGUGAAUUUAACUGGUAGUAACAAACAUAUCCUAUAAAAUAUUAUCGCCUAGAUUUAGAGUUCUGCGUUAGCCGUCAAAACCAGCGUUAGGGGGUCCUAACGCUGUUUUUUACCGCCCGCUGAUAUUUAGAGUCAGUCAGGAAAGGGUCUAACGCUUACUUUCCAGCUGCAACUUUUCCAUACCGCAGAUCCCCCUAUGCCAUUUGCGUAUCCUAUCUUUUCAAUGGGAUCUUUCUAAUGCUGGUAUUUAGAGUCUUGGCUGAAGUGAGCAUUAGAAAUCUAACGACAAGACUCCAGCCGCAGAGAAAAGCCAGGAGUUAAGAGCUUUCUGGGCUAACGCCGGUUCAUAAAGCUCUUAACUACUGUGCUCUAAAGUACAUUAACACCCAUAAACUACCUAUGUACCCCUAAACCGAGGCCCCCCCACAUCGCUGCCACUCUAUUAAAUAUUUUUAACCCCUAAUCUGCCGACCGCACACUGC